UGGUUGAGAAACUUUUGCGGUCCUGCUCUGAAAUAAAGAAUAUAUAUUUGUUGAUUCGACCAAAGCGGGGUCAAGAAGUUUCAGCUAGACUGUCAGAUCUUUUGAAUUCUUCACUCUUUGACACAAUGCGAAAAGAGAAACCAAAGGAGUUAACUAAAGUUAUACCAAUAGCAGGAGAUAUAACAUCUGAACAACUUGGAAUUUCUGAAAGUGAUCAGGCUUUAUUGUGUAAAAAUGUAUCGAUAGUGUUUCACUCUGCUGCCACAGUAAAGUUUGAUGAAAAACUGAAAUUAUCUGUUACUAUUAACAUGCUGGGUACAAAAAGAUUAGUGGAAUUAUGCCACCGAAUGAUGUCGUUAGAUGCACUUAUUCAUGUUUCCACUGCAUAUUGUAACUGCGACAGGACCGAUGUUUCAGAAGUUAUUUAUGCUCCUCCAUACAAUCCUUAUGAUGUAAUUUCACUAGUUAAUUGGCUUCCAGAAGACUUAUUAGAUCAGCUUACGCCAUCUCUAAUUGGCAAAAGACCAAACACGUACACAUUUACAAAAGCGUUGGCUGAACAUAUGUUAUUAAAAGAAGCUGGAAAUUUACCUGUGGCAAUUGUGCGACCUUCAAUUGUUAUCGCAAGUUUGAAAGAACCAUUUGCAGGUUGGGUUGAUAAUUGGAAUGGUCCAACUGGAUUAGUAUCUGCACUUGGUCAGGGGCUAUUUCGUACGAUAUUAUGUGAAAAAAAUUUUACAGCCGAUAUGGUACCUGUGGAUAUUGUUAUUAAUCUAAUGAUAGCAGCUGCGUGGAAAGUGGGAACAUCUAAACCAGAAUCUCUUUUGAUAUAUAAUUGCUGCACUGGCCAACAACACCCUAUAACAUGGGGUCAGUUUGUUGAGUAUGCAAUGCGAGAAACACGACGACAUCCCUUAGAGGGUUGCCUAUGGUAUCCAACUGGGGUCUUGCGAAUGAAUAGGUCGAUAAAUAAAUUUUACGGAUUUUUGGUGCAUUAUAUUCCUGCAUAUAUUUUAGAUACUAUGGCUAGGUUGGCAGGAAAAAAACCAAUAAUGGUCAAAGUUCAGGAUAAAAUAGCCAAAGCUGUGGAAUGUUUAGAAUAUUUCACAUUGCAUCAGUGGCAAUUCAAAGAUGAGAACGUUCAAACGUUGAUUAAAUUAUUAGAUAAAAAAGAUCGUGAAAUAUUUCAGUUUGACGUUAAAAAAAUAGAGUGGGAUAAAUAUGUUGAGCGUUAUGUAUUAGGUUUUAGAGAAUUUUUAUUUAAACAGAGACCGGAAUCUUUACCGUCGAGUAGAAAAAGGAUGAUGAGAUUGUAUUAUAUGCAUCAAUUUACUAAGUUAAUUAUUGUGCUUAUAACCUGGCGAUUUUUAAUGGCACACUCAAAAAAAGCUCGAGAGUUAUGGACGAGACUUAUGCAAAUGAUAUUACAAAUAAUACGUUUAAUUCCGUUUUUUUAACUCAUCAUUAAGAAAACGAUUAAAAUAAAUAAAACAAGCUAUAAUUAAUGAAAAUAAAAAAACAUGAAUUAAAAUUGAUUUUUAUUGAACUUAUAACUUAUUAAUUUUGUAAAUUUUAGUAAUAGCAGAAUUUAUUAAAAGAAUAAAGUCUCUUUUUGCAUUAUACAUAUGCAAAUAUAGUAAAAUGUAUGUACACACACCUUUUAAAUAUGCAUGUGUUAGUCUUAUAUAUGUAGACACAAAAGAAACUGCAAUAAUAUGAAACAAAAUAUAGCUAUAUAAAAUUAACAAUUAUUUUGCUACAGUUAUAAGUUAAAAAUAAUGCUAGAUGAAGGAAUUAAAUUAAAUUGUAAAAUAAAGUGAAACAUUUUUGGU